AUUGCUACAUGAAAAGUUAGAUCCCAUCAAUAAUUCAGACCUUAUCCCAUAUCUCAUCAUUGCUGCAAUACUCGUCUCAUUUAAUUUCUUGCUCAGUAAAUGCUCCGAUCUGAAUUUCAGAAACACUUGAAAAUAGUUGAAUCAGAAACACUUCAUAGUUUCAACAACUAACUCAGACCUUCAAGGAACACUUUAGUGAGGUUCAAUGGAUUUUGAUGUUGUAACCACUCUAAUCAAAAUAGUUGAUCAACACCUUAUGGAGCCCAAACUACUUUCGAGUUUUGAUGAUUCACUGCUUGAAACAAUCAAGUUGCUGUCUGCCAAGCUCUGCUUUGUGCAAGCCUUUUUGGAGGAAUGUAAGACGAAAAUGAAUCACAGGGACACCUGCGCUAACAUACUGUAUGAAACAAUCCGAGAUAAAGUUGCUAGAAGAUAUGAAAAUUACAAAAUAGAAUCUAAACUGAGAAUGGUAUAUUUUGGAGUUAACUGGGGAGAGUCUGAAUUUGUGGCUUCUGAACUUCAUUUGACCUUGAAACAAGUGUUAAGAGAUAUCGAGGAAGCUGGAGAAUGGAUCCCAUUGUUAAGAAAAAUAAUUACUUUAGAGCCUAAGAAAGAGGACAUCACAGUUUGCGAUACCUACCAAAAUGCUUUAGAGACUGAGAAUGAAGUGAUUGUAGGAUUCGACAGUGAUAUAGAGACAAUAAUAAAACGGCUCACUUUUUUAUACUCGAAGAGUAAAGUUUUCACCAUUUUGAGGAGUAAUGACAUUGACAAGUUACGAGAAUAUGUUGAAAAUCCAUUGGUGAAACUAAAAGUUAUCCCACUAGUUGGGGAAGGAGGCAUUGGAAAAACUACAUUAGCCAGAAGAGUAUAUGGACAUCUAAUUACUAUUGGUAGCUUUCACAUUCGAGCAUGGGUAGUUGUGUCUCAGGUUCAUAACCUUAAAGAGAUGCUCAUUGGUCUAUUACGUUGUAUUUCACCAAUCACUAGUGAAAUCUACAACAUAGAUGAGGCUCAGAUAGCUGAGCAAUUAUGCAGAAGUUUGAUGGGGCAGAAGUAUUUAAUUUUCUUAGAUGACAUAUGGACCACUGCUGCAUGGGAUGCCAUCCAAGGAUGUUUUCCAGAGAAUUCUAAUGGAAGCCGAAUCUUAGUAACUACUCGGUUUGUAGAGGUGGCUGAAUACUUAAGUGCAAAUCCCUACCAUGUGAAGUAUCAAACUAUAGAGGAUCGUUGGGAAUUAAUUUCGAGAAAAGUGUUUGGGCAAGGCCAAUACGUUCCCAAGAAAUAUGAGAUAAUUGGGAAACACAUUGUUCGUGGUUGCAGUGGAUUACCACUAGCAGUUGUUGUAAUUGCUGGACUUUUGGCAACAGCAAAAGAGUCUCUAGAAAUAUGGAAAGAUGUUGCGGAAACUUUGGUUGGAAUUAAUACAUAUGAUGGAGUUAAUACAUAUGAUAGCAACAAAACAAUUUCAAAUAUACUUUCAUUGGGCUACAACUACUUACCUAGUCACUUGAAACCUUGCUUUCAUUAUUUUGGUGUAUUUCCUGAAGACAAUGUCAUUCCUGUUAAGAGACUAAUCAACUUAUGGGUUGCAGAGGGAUUUUUAAUCCCACAUAAAUAUAUGAGUUUGGAAGAAGUGGCAGAGAGUUACUUGGAUGAUCUCAUUAAUAGAAGUCUAAUUCAAAUUAAUGAGCUGAGUAUUGACGGCAAAGUUAAAUCAUGUAAGAUUCAUGAUCGAGUGCUUGAGAUUUGUGUGAGAGAAGCAAUAAAUGGGAAUACUUUGUUCAUUAUCAAUGAUAAUCAUGCUACAAAAGCAAGUCAUUGGUUAAGCUGUCAAACAAGUCAUUGGCCAAUUACUCAAGCGAAUUAUGGGAAUCGCAGUCUAGAUAAAAUCCAUUCCAUUCUCUGCUUUGGUAAAGAUGUAUAUCAUUCAAAAUGCAGGUUGGUAUACCCAUGUUUGGAAAUGCUAAGAGUAUUGGAUUUAUCAUUAGUUAAAUGGUCACGAUGCAUGCCUAGUGAAAUAACAGAUUUGGUUCAUUUGAGAUACUUGGCUUUAAGUACCAUUGGUUCUCUUUACAAGCUUCGAUUUUUCAAGCUUAAAAAUUUACUAACUCUCAUAGUUACUUCGUGGAUGGAAAAAUGUCCUUUGCAACUGCCAUGUGAUAUUUUGAAUUUGUCGGAAUUGAGGCAUUUGCAUGUUGACAAGAGAUGUUCACAGUAUCUCCCUAGCUCAGUCAAAGAAAAUCUACAAACCCUCUAUUGGUUGAAAGUUGCUAGCUCCGACAAGCAACCAAACUUCAGAAAGGUUCCAAACCUAAAGGAACUUGGGAUUUACAUUGAAGGUCAAUUGGUGCCUAGCUAUCUAGGGAGCCUUGUGUAUUUACAUGUACUUGAGAAGCUGAAGUUUGAAGUAGGAAGAGUCGAGCGCUUUUAUCUUCCAACAGAUUUCCCACCAAACCUUAAGAAGUUGACACUUCGUUAUACUUAUCUUCCAUGGAAGGAGAUGGACAAAAUUGGCAAGUUACCACAUCUUGAGGUGCUUAAACUAAAAGAUUUUGCCUUCUGUGGGUCAAAGUGGGAACCAUCGAAGAGCUUUCGGAAAUUAAAGGCACUUCUCAUUUCACGUUCAAAUCUCAAACAUUGGAAUACAAGUUCUAAUCAUUUCCCAGUUUUGGAACGUCUUGUCUUAAGAUAUUGUUGGGAAUUGAAAGAAGUUCCACUUGAGUUUGCAGAUAUUGGAACACUGAAGUUAAUUGUGUUAGAAUGUUGUUAUUCUUCACUUGUGACUUCUGCAAAUCAGAUUUCUUCUGCAAAAAGCGGAACAUUAAAGGGAAAGGCAGGUUGUCCACUUCGUGUUCGUAAAGUUGGAACUAAGGUUGAAUUGCCUAUUAUUGAAAGAUAUGAAGAAGAAAGUGUCGAAAACUGUAUAGAAGAAAUGUUGAAAGCUGAUAAGUAUUCUGAUGCAUUGAAGAAGAAAGUGCAGUGACUUAAGAAAGGUUGUUAAUUGAAUUUGAACUUCACUUUAUGUUUCAGCUUGGAUGGUGAUCUGUCUCUUUGGUUGGGAGAAAACAAACACAAAAUAUUUUUGGUUUCCAUUUGAUUUGAACAAUUUCAGCUAUGUGUGUUAUGAUGUUUUUUUCUACUUCAAUGACACCAUGGUUAAGUUGUAAC